AAUGCUGUGACUUGUGAGCUGUUUUCAGACUUCAUUUGAGUUUUGGAAACGCAACGCCGCGUAGUACCGCAAAGAUUUUAGCAUUUAGUUGAUUUAAUUGAUAAUUUCAAUUUUCAGAAUUAUUCCCUUAUAUUUGCGAUUCGAUCGUGCGUGGUUCUGUGGAUUAAAAUAAUAUUGUGAUACCUUUUCGGACUUGGUGAUCAAGAGUGAGAUCAAGAAAUUUUUUGAACCAUGUCGGGCUUUGGAGGUCCAGGUCCCGGACCAUCGAACAAUUGGCGAUCAGGACCUAGAAACCAGGGAGGAUUCAAUCGCCGAAGAGGUCGUGGGAGGGGCGGUUCACAGCAUAGAUUGAAUAAUGAAAAUGAAGAGCACAUGAAUAGGAAGGAUAAUAAUGUGAAUUUUAAUAGAUUUAAUAAAAAAAAUAACCAGAAUUUGGGUAUGCUAACACUAAUUAAAUUAUCCCAAUGUGAGGGUAAUGAAAUUUUAGCCGAAAUAAAUGCUAAAAAGGAGGGAUUUUACAAUAUCAUAAAAAUGCCUUCCGAUAGAUUAGAUGUUUACAGUUUAAUAUUAUCAAUAUCGGCAAAAGUAUGUCAGUCUCGAUUAGACCAGUUAAAGUUGGAGUUCCUGUUGGAAAUAUGUAAUUCAGGUUUUAUGCAAAACCUGGUAUUAUAUUUAUUAAAUUUGCCGUAUUCGGAUAAUAAAAAGCAGAAUUCUUUGUAUUGGGAGGAUCAAACUACUUUUUGGAAGAACUUGAUAUUAACGCUUGAAUGUAUCAUUGUAAUAUCACCAUCAACUGCUGUAAAUAAGUGCAGGCCUUUAAUUGAAUCUGCAUCAAAAUGUUGCCUAGACGCAUUGAAAGAAAAACAUAACUAUGAACUACCUGAAGAGUAUGCUAAAAAAUUUCAAAUGUUACGGGAGUUUCUGACCAAUCGUGAGAAAACUAAAGAAGAAGAGAAAAAAUCACAUUCUGGGCCGCCAAUCGUUGCGUUCGACGAACCACCUAAUUCUUUCCGAGAAUUGAGUGUUUUACCCAUUACGGAGGACCUCUUGGAUUCGAAACCUUAUGUACGACCUAACAUUGUGGACGGAGCAUACGCUAGUAUUGAUCAUUAUUUAGAUGUCCAGUUUCGAUUGCUUCGAGAGGAUUGCUACGGCCCUAUCCGCGAGGGUAUAAUGCAAUUUCGCCAUGAUCCAACGAGAAGGAGAUACGAAAACAUAAGGGUAUUUCGAAAGGUAAAGUUUGUGGAACCGUAUGUUUCCAGUAUCGCAUUUGGACAUACUAUUCAAUUAGAUCCACAAACUACAAAGCGAUUUAGAAAUAUUAAAUGGAAAUUCAAUAAGCGCUUUCUAUAUGGCGCUCUUUUAUUAUUUACAAAAGAUGAUUGUAAAUCCUUCACUGUAGCAACAGUUUUAGAUCGUGAAAGUUCUUAUCUCUGCAAUGGAAAGAUUCCAGUUUCUAUAAUGGACAAUUGUGUGACUCCCAACAAUAAGGAUGAAUAUAUAAUGAUCGAAAGUGAUAUUUAUUUUGAACCUUAUUACCAUGUAUUAAAAGUGCUGAAAGACCCCACCUUUCCGGAGGAUUUAGCCAUGAAAAAAUACAUAGUAGACGUUGAGGCAUCAUCCUCGCCACCCCUGUACUUGAGGGAAUUCACGCCGGAUAUACAUAGAAAAUUUUUGUCUUCUGCGGAGAAAAUGUGUUUAAAUGAGAGUCAGUACGAGGCCUUUAAAUUGGCUUUGACACAUGAAUUUGCCGUAAUUCAAGGUCCACCAGGAACGGGAAAGACAUAUUUGGGCGUUAAAGUAGCCGAAAGAAUACUGAAAUUAAAACGAACUGAAGAGAAUUGCUUUUUGUUAAUAAUAUGCUACACAAAUCAUGCACUGGACCAGUUUUUAGACGCUAUUUUGCGAAUAACACCAUCGAUAGUGCGCAUUGGCGGGCAAUCGCGUAUGGAAUCUAUGAAAAAAUUAAAUUUAAAUGAAAUACGUAAACAAGCCUCAAAGUGUCCGGUGUUGGAUCUUUAUUAUGAUAAAAAGAGGAUACUAAAAGCUUCCGUUUCUAAAUUGAAUCAUUUACAAAAUAUGAUUUCGGCGAUAGAUAAUGGAAUUUUAGGCAUUAAAGUAUUAAAAGAGCAAGAAAAUAUAGGAAAUAUUAAAAGUACAGUUGAUAAGAUUGAAACUCACUAUGGAACUAUAUUCAAUUGGUUAUUUGAUAGCAACUUGAUAAAUUAUGAUUAUUCACAACCUAUAACAGCAGAUGAUGCAAUCUUAGAAUCUUUAACCAAGAAAGUAUCUGAUGAUGAUGGUGACAUUAAUGUAAGAGAUGUUUGCUACAUUUUUGAGGAUUUGAACAUUGUUAACAAAAAUUUGGAUAAUAUAUGUGAAUUUUCAUUGAACACGGCGAGGAAAGAUCUUAUAAAAAUGAUUAAAAAAUAUAAAUGUAACCCAACCGACAACGUAAGAAUGGAUAUUAUACAUUAUCAAGUAUGGAUAGAAACAUUUGAGGACAUGAAACUUACAUUUUACCAAGAUGAAGUUCAAAACGUAGAUGCACAACAUGUGAAUCCUUUGCGCAUGUCGUUACAUAAUCGUUGGAUGCUUUAUUUUCAGUGGGUUUCGAACUUUAAACGAAACUUGUUGCAGAAAAUAAAACCUAUACAGGACGAAGCAAUUGCGGCCAGUGCAGCUUAUGAAGAGUCAAGAAUAAUACUGGAUAUUCGUUUAUUAAAAAAAUACAAAGUUAUUGGUAUGACUACGAGUGGAGCCGCAAGGAUGAGGAAAUUAAUCCGGGAGGUGGCACCUCAGAUAGUUAUAGUUGAGGAAGCUGCUGAAGUACUGGAACAACAUAUAGUUACAUCUCUUCAACAAAAUUGUCAGCACGUAAUUCUCAUUGGUGAUCACAAGCAGCUACGACCAUCGGCAUCGCACAUGAAGUUGGCUAGAUAUUACAAUAUAGAGGUGUCUCUAUUUGAACGGAUGAUAAAAAACAAAAUACAUAGCAGAUGUCUUUCGGUACAGCAUCGGAUGCGGCCGGAAAUAGCCGCCCUUAUAUCCCCUCAUAUAUAUCCAGAUUUAAAAAACCAUUCGUCGGUUGAGUGCUUCCCCAAUGUUCGAGGUCUCGCUCAAAAUAUUUUCUUCUUCACCCAUGAACACCCUGAACAGAAUUCCGAGGAUAGUACAAGCAAGUUCAAUGAAAAUGAGGCAAAUAUUAUUCUCGGGUUGGCAAACUACAUAAUGCAACAGGGAUAUGAACCCGAAGAUGUUACAAUUCUCGCUGCAUAUACCGCUCAAAUGUUUUAUAUGACUAAGAAACGCGAUAACUAUGCAUUUCUGUCAAAAGUGAAAAUAACGGUGGUCGACAAUUAUCAAGGCGAAGAAUCUAAGAUCAUAUUAUUAUCUCUUGUGAGAAAUAACGCAGAUAACAAAAUAGGUUUUUUGGGAACUGAAAACAGAAUUUGUGUCGCCUUGUCUAGGGCUAGAGAAGGUCUCUAUAUUUUCGGAAAUAUGUCAAUGUUGAAGAAUCAGUCCGAACUUUGGAAAAAAAUAAAUGGAACCCUCGGUAAUGCAUGUGCAAUUGGCACCACAUUGGAACUUCGAUGUCAAUCGCAUCCUGAUUAUAUAACACAGAUUGACUCACCUACGGAUUUCGAAAAAGUACCAGAAGGGGGUUGUAUGUUAAAGUGCGAGUCGAAACUCUCUUGUUCACACGCUUGUCCGUUAAUAUGCCAUGCGUAUGACCGAAACCAUGACGAAAUACGGUGUAAUGAAAAAUGUGAAAGAAUAUUGUGUGAUUUACAACAUGUAUGCCCUCUCUGGUGUGCGCAAGAAUGUAAACCUUGUAAAGUUGAAGUUGAAAAAACACUUCCUUGCGGCCAUACUAAUAAAGUACCGUGCCACAUUGACCCAAAUACAGAUAAAGUUCUUUGUCACAAGAUAGUCACUGUGACUUUACCAAGUUGUGGCCAUGAGGCGAAAAAGAUUUGUUACAUGGACAUAGGGUUCGUGGCGUGCCCUGUAGAGUGCAGCGCGCGGCUGGAGUGCGGCCACGCGUGCGCGCGGACGUGCCAUGUCAACAGAGAUCCCGAACAUGAAAUGUAUUCAUGUGAGAAACCUUGCGUAAAACAUAAAAAAGAUUGCUCAUUUACUUCGGAAGAGGAUAAAGAAGACCAUAUGUGUAAAAGAAAAUGUUAUGAAAAAUGUGAUGUUUGCAAGGUUGAGGUUAUGAAAAAAAGACAAAAUUGCAAACAUUCUCAAAAAGUUCCGUGCCAUAUUGAUGUUAACACCAUUUUGUGUCGCAAAAAUUGCGCUCGCUUACUGCCUUGCAAUCAUCACUGUAAGAAGAAGUGCCACGAGCCUUGUGGGGAUUGUGAGCAGCUAGUAGUCAAGAAGAUUCCGGAGUGUGGGCACAAAGUUAAGGUACCAUGCAAAAUGACGAUCGAUGCCAGCAUGUGUAAAGCGCAAUGCCAACGCGUGAUGUCGUGCGGGCACCCGUGCCAACGUCUCUGCUGUGAACCGUGCGACGAAGAGAAUUGCAACUUUUUGAGGGAAGACCAAACAUAUGAUUCUCCUUGUGGUCAUAAAAUAGCACUGCCGUGUAAAAUUUCCCAGAGAAUACGUCGUGGCGAUAAUGUGAAGUCGCGUGACUUCCUGGAGUACUGCAAGGUGGCGUGCGAUGCGCAGCUGGAGUGCGGGCACGCGUGCGCGGGCUCUUGCGCGGCGUGCUGGCAGGGCCGCCUGCACGCGCCCUGCCGCCAGCGCUGCGACAAGCCCAGCAUCUGCGGACACGUAUGCAAGGAACCGUGUAAUGAAAUAUGCCCGCCAUGCGAGAAGCCCUGCGAAGUGCAAUGUAAACAUUCUAAGUGUAAAAACAAGUGUGGAAUGCCGUGUACGCCAUGUAAGGAAAAAUGUGACCGUAAAUGUGAACAUGGUCAGUGUACGAAAUUAUGCGGGGAAGUCUGCUCGAUACCUCCGUGCUCUGAACCUUGUCCGAAAUUGAUGAAAUGCGGCCAUCCUUGCCGCGGCCUCUGUGGCAACCCUUGCCCCAAUGUCUGUAAGAUUUGCAAGCCAGACUCGUUCCCUAGAGAUUUAACUGGAUUCGAAUAUGAAGAUGAUGUAAGGUUCAUCGUUUUGGAAGAUUGUUUACAUAUUAUGGAUGUAGAUGAAUUAGAUGUUUGGAUGAAUAGUAAAAUGGAAACAAUUGGUAUAAAGACGUGUCCAUUUUGUCGAACACCCAUUAUUAAGACUUUCCGCUAUAAAGAUCAUAUAAAUAAUACACUAAAAAACGAAAUUGAGCCAAUAAAACAAAAAACAUAUGGAAAUCCAAACGAAAUCAAAGCCAAAAAGGUGGAACUUUUUGAAAAAAUUUCCACGUUUUGCCGGGACCACUCUGAUAUUAUGAAAGAUUCACGGCAAUGUAGGAAUGCAUUUCGUAUACUUGAAAAUUUUAUUAAAAAUAACAAAAAAGCCUCUCUUAUGCAAAUAGAAGUAAAUUUAUUAUAUCUUCAUAUAUUAGAAAUGCUUUCAGAAAUGUAUGUUGAAUAUAAAAAGGAUCAUCUUUCUAUUCUGAAAUCCUAUUUGGACCGACAAAUUGAUAUGAUGUGUGAUGUUCUUAUAAAGAAUGUUAAAAAAUUCAGCUAUCAGCAACAAAAUGAUAUUAAAAAUGAGAUGAAACGCGUUCAUGCAAUUAUUCAGUUUGAUAAAAUUAUAGGUAAUCCAAUGUUUAAAUCAGUAAAAAAUAAUAACGAGGUGAAAAUUAAAUAUGAAGAGGCUUUUAAACUAAUAUUAGGUUGCAAAAUAUACACCGAACAACAAACAAUGGAGGCCUUAGAUAGCCUACAGAAGGCCGUUCAAAUAAAUGUUGUUUGUCAUAAAAAAGAAAUAGAAUUGAUAGUCAAAGCUGUUGGAUUGAAAGCUGGGCAUUGGUUUAAAUGCCCUAAUGGGCAUUUUUAUUGUAUUGGAGAAUGUGGGGGAGCAAUGCAGGUAAGUAGGUGCCCUGAAUGUGGUGAAGCAAUAGGCGGAAGCAGUCAUCGAUUACUUGCUACCAAUUCCCAUGCGAGAGAGUUGGAUGGUUCCCAGUUUCCAGCGUGGUCUGAAGAAUAUAAUAAUAUGGCCAACUUUAUGUUAUAAUUUCAUCAAUACUUAAAACGAAAUUAAUAAAACUUAUGCUUACGACAUUGAUACAGUUGACCGAUAAUUUUAAUAAGAGGGUAAGAGUUAAGUGAAUACUAUCAAUAAUUAUAAAUAGGGUGAGUAGGGGGGAAGGUGGAAAACUAAGUAAUACAAUAAAUCAAUAAUUUUUUUAAUUAAAUUCAGUUUAUCUGAAUAUCUCAAUUGGUUUGUGUGGAAUGCAAUUAUUAAUGUGCGGCUGCAUUUGUUUACGCAACGGCGCGGCGUUAAAAUAACCUUACCCCGAGCACUGUAUCUUAAUCUACGUGAUAGGUGUUUUAUUCAUAUAGCUAUUCAUUGUUUAGAUUUGCCAGUAUUUUAGAUUUAUUACGAUAUCCUUAGUCCUUACCCAUCAAGCCGUAAGAAGAACAUAAUAUUAUAAAAGUUCAAAUCUAGUCCCUUAGUUACUUUAUAGAUAUAUACUUACUAAUAAAAAACGUUCUCAAACUAUUUUUAUGUUGUUUUGUCCCUAAUUCAGAAUAUGUUAGUUACCUAAUUUGUAGCGUUCUCCAAUAUCGUAUUAGUUUAGUAGUAUGUAAUAUGAUAGUUAUUUAAUAGUUUUUGAUGACAAUUACAAUUUAUUACAAUUUACUAUUUAUACUCAUAUAAAAGUCCAAAAAAACCAUUCAAUCAUUCCCUAACUCACCCUAUAACGUUGUUUGUUUUUUUUUGUGUUUUACUAUGCAUAGAAGAAUAUCGUUUUGCUUUAGUCGUGUAUUUGUUUUAUUAAUUGUAUUUUGUAUAACUACCAUGACAAUUUCCUCAUUUCCAAAUCAUAAGUGUAAAUUUAAUACCUAAGAAAUUUUAAAUAUUGAUUACCGGUACCCACAAUUAU